UCUCAGGUGCCGUUUCACUCAGUUCCUGACAGAAGAUUUAUGCUUCCACCCACCUCGGUCUUGACUUGGACUUUGUAAAACCCGCUAUUUCAUCAAACAACCACCACGCCUUUUCCACGCGGAUCUUUCUGAGAAAUCCGUCGCAAAUUCGUCAUGGUCUUCAACACUCCUCUUGCGAGGACCGGCUCGGUCAAGAGACCCCACUCUGCCGUGAAGAGUGAGGUCUCUGGAUGGGAGACAGCACCAUCCAUGAUGCCUUCGCGCGCCACCGUCAACCUGCCCUAUGCUCACUACGCUUUGAUCUACCUCGACAACAUGGGCAAGCUCCGGGUGUCCGAGUCUCAGUCGAUCCGCGAACAGCAAGGCACUGUUUUCACUCCCGAAGUGCGCGACCACUUCCUGGAGAUCCUGGGCGCGAAGAUCGGAUACCAGAAGCCCCUCAUCCACAGGAAUUCAGGCGUCAACCCAGCCGCUCUCAGCUACGACCACUUGGACGACAUGUCCUACCACCGUCAGGAGAAGAGGCGCAGAAUCCACGCUCACCACUCGCCAUCCGCUAUGCAGAACUCCAGGGCUGAGAUUCCAGAAGAGCCGUCUUGCCCAUCAGUUAACAACAAGAUGCCGCUCACGGUUGGCGACUCCGAGAAGAUGGAACAAUACUACACGAUCUCGUUCAGGCACUUCCAGCAGGUCAACUGCCGAGUGGUCUGCAAGGCCUUCAUCAAGGUCAUCGAGCCGCGCAAGCAAGUGCGCCACCCCUAUAACGGCGGCAGACCCAAGCCCGGGGCGCCCCCCGGUACAAAGGGAGACCCGGAGAAGACCAAGCCCGAAUGGUGGCCUGCUAGCGUGGUGCACCGCGAGCCGGAUCACCUGAAGAAGGAGGAGCGCGUCGAGCUUCUCGUCCACAUCGUUCGCCGGCUUAGCAAGAUUGGCAUCACCGCCGCCAAGCUUUGCGAGAUUGCCUAUGACUGCAGACGCCAACUGAAAGAACAGGAGAAAUUCACCAUCCUCGAAGAACUCUUCAGGGUGCGGGGGAUGGAGGAGCGCUUCGAACGGGGUGAAGUCGACGCAUCCACCAUCAUGUACGUUGUCGACCGCGAGGCGCACCCGAAGGGAGACCGGGACGCCGAGUCAGUCACGGAGGCCGAGGCAAAGGCCGAGCCCGAGGCAGAAGAGCCCAUUGAGGCCGAGGAAGACGUCGUGACGCCGACAUCAUCAGUCGAGGAGAUUUCCGCCCCGUUCACCAACCUGGACGCCAUGACCAUGCCCGCGCCCCGUCCCAUGCCCCUUGCCGACGACAGAACCCAGCUUUACCCCAUGCCGGAAACGCUGAGCUUCGGGGAGCCAUCCAGAAACGACCGCCAAUACUACACCUCCCUGCCCGACUACUCCACGGACUACUCGCAUCCCAUCAAGCCCCCGAGCACUCCCGAAUUGACCACCCCCACGGAGCAGCACGCAUCUUCGUACGACUAUCUCACGCAUGCGCCCUUCUCGAACCCCGCUACGGCCGAUCAUCAUCGCCCGACAGCCCUCCCCAUGCAGCACGCGAUGAGCCACUACGACUCCUGGACCCCGUCAUACAGACCCAACAUGUUCGGCGCCCUCGACUACCCUGCCCCCGCCACCGAGCCCAUCCACUACCAGAUGCCCAUCAGCGCGACCUCCGAUGUCCAGGAGAUCAAUGGCCUGCCUGAUCUCUCGCAUGAACGCCCCAUCUUCAUGGACCCGUCCGGCGCCCGCGGGCAUCCCUUCCGCACCGGCUCCCUGAGUCACCCGCACUAUGCUCAUGCGGUCGACCAGGUAUGAUAGGAUAUGAUAUGAGCCGCCGAGUUGCGUAUUAUUUCCCCUUGGUCCAGAUAGAGAUGGAGAGAGUACUGUCUGUCUGUCUGUCUGUCUGUCUGUCUGUCUGUCUGUCUGGACCUUCACGAUCCGCACGAAUAUCAUGAACUUCUUUCUUUCCCAUUUUUUUUUCUUUUCUCUUGUCCCGUUCUCUUUCUUGUUUGUCUGUGUGUUUGUUUGUUUAUGCGUGACGCGACAGAGAGACAUG